CGAGUCGUCACUCGUGUUGUAGCGCUGAUGAAGUGCGUACCACUUUUUGUCAGUUGUGCGGGCAUCGGCGAGUGUUGAGUGUGUCGUAGAGACUGUCCGUUCGAAAAAGAAACACAGAGUUUCUUCCCAACCAUGGGUGGAUAUGCAUGGGUUACAUUGGCUACCAACGAUGCCUAUUCUUUGGGAGCAUUAGUUUUGGCACACUCUUUGCGUCGAGUUGGUACGAAAUAUGAACUGGCGGUCUUGAUCACUCCUGGAGUGACAGACGUAAUGAGGGAAAAAUUAUCAGCAGUCUUUUCUAUAGUAGUGGAAGUGAAUGUACUUGAUUCCAAAGAUGAAGCUAAUUUGGCACUGUUAGCUAGACCAGAAUUGGGUAUUACAUUCACCAAACUUCAUUGCUGGAGAUUAACGCAGUACGAUAAAUGCGUCUUUCUUGACGCAGACACACUUGUGGUCAGAAACUGUGAUGAGUUAUUCGAAAGAGAAGAGCUGUCAGCCGCCCCUGAUGUGGGCUGGCCGGACUGCUUCAACUCUGGUGUUUUCGUGUACAAACCAUCUCAGCAAACUUUUGCAUCCAUCACCGCAUUCGCCGCUGCUAAAGGUUCGUUCGAUGGCGGUGAUCAGGGCUUACUGAAUAUGUACUUCAGUGACUGGGCUCACAAAGAUAUUUCUAAACAUUUACCAUUCAUCUACAAUAUGUGUUCCACUGCUGCAUAUUCCUAUCUUCCUGCGUUCAAACAGUUUGGAGAUGAUGUCAGAAUAAUUCACUUCAUUGGUAUCACUAAACCUUGGUUACAGUAUUUUGAUACUUUAACUGGUAUUGUUCAACCACCAAUGGAGGCCACGCAUUUGCAACCACUGUUGCAAUUGUGGUGGAAUAUAUUUUGCGACAAAGUUCAUCCUCAUUUAUCCCCCGUUAUGGCCACCAGCACAUUGGCACCAAUUUGGCACGAAUUUUCUCCUAUGCCCUUUCGAUCCCCUGUUCCACAAGUUCCUAUUUGCACAGACAUACAAGACAAAUCGCAGAAUGACAUUUACAUAGAACCACCAGACUUCUCAGAAUUUAAAGAUCCAUGGGAAAAUUAUUGUGCACAAACUAAUCUGGUUAUUCAUAAGCAAGAAGACAGUAAUGCAACUCAACAGUAUUAUUCCACAAUCAACAGAAUUUCACCUAUAACUAUAUUAAGCGACACGUUUAAUUCUGUACAAAGUCAUCAGUCCCAUAAUGAAUCACAACUAGAACAUAACAGGGAGUACAGUGAAUAUAAUUCUCCUUUAUAUACUCAACACCAUUAUAAUCAAGAACAAUCUAACCAAUUUAUUAGUGAAUACAAACAACAGCAUACAUUUUGUCAUUCUGAAAAUGCGUUCAGCAAACAAGUUCACAAUGACUUUUGGCAAAACCAACAUAGUGUAGAAAAUUAUGCACCUGUAAAUAAUACACAACAUCAGCAUUUCAAUGAAUCUCAAGAUCAUCAAAAAGUUGACUACCAGCACACCCAUCAACAUUCUUGCAGUAAUAUAAUAGUUCCAGAAGAAACGAGACAAUAUCAACACGUUGACCAUCACCAUACUUAUCAGCAUUCUUAUAAUGAUGAUCAUAGAUCAUUCUCAGAAGAAACAAAACAGCAUGAACAUCAACAUGUUCCCUAUCAUUCGCCUAAUGACAGCAACAGAGCAUUGCAAGAAGAACCAAAGCAACAUCAACACAAUGACCAUUUUGUUGAUCAUCAGCAUCAAGUAUAUGAUAAUACAAUCAAUCAGCAAGCUACGCAACAUUAUGAGCAAGAGAAUCAUAGUCAUUAUAAGACAGAAGAAUACACAACUGUUAAAAUUGAUUGUGCACAGCCUAAACAUACUACAGUUUAUCAUAACGAUUUGUCUAUUAAUCAAAAUGCUGAACAAGGUGAAAAUCUAAACAUUACAGACGUACGGACUAAUCCACUGAUAUCUACUAGCCCUCCUCCUGAUUCCAAACCUUGUACAGAUACCCACAAUAUAGCAACGCAAUCUGACCCACACAUAACGGAAGUCAGUUCAAAUGCUGGUCUCGCUGGUGCCUUGGCUCAAAUUACAUUGGGUGAACCCAGAAGCGCUGAACAAAUUGCACUAGAAGAACACAUGCGAAAGCAAAGUUGGGAGCAGGGACACAUUGAUUAUAUGGGCCGUGAUAGCUUCGAUAAUAUUUGGAAGAAAAUCUGCCAAACACUUUCUCUUGCACCAUCCCGACUACCUUCUCCCCCUAAGGAAAUAGAAGAACCAGAAGAAACUGCAACUGAUAAGACUACUAAAUCUACUGAGCCUACUGAAGUUGUUGGAGCUAAUCAAUCUAUUAAAUCUACUGAUGUGGUGGAUAAAGAUGUUGCUCAAGAAACAGCCAGUUGUAGCGAAGAACAACAAUCUCUGCUUAAUAAUGUUCCUAUAACAGACAACGAUACAGACACUAAAUUAUCUGAAGAGACUGAACAAGUUACUGAUAUUGCACCUCUUAGUGAAAAAUCUACAAAUGAGCAAAUAGUAUCAGAAGAAAUAAUAAAAGAUACUUCUCAAAAAUCCAUAGCAGCAACAAAAAGUGAAUCGCAUGACACAACUGCAUCUGUGUCUUCCGUAGAAUCCACAAUGCAGAUACCUAAAACAGAUGUGGAUAAACUCGGUACAAGUACACUAUUAGAAGAAGCCUUGCCAGAAGAAAUUGAUUCUGUAAUAUCACAAGAUUCAGUUCAAUCUUGUCCAUUAGGAGAACAAAAUAUUAAAGUAUCAUAUAACAAAGAUAAUGUUAACUUUGUUAUUUCAACAGAAGAACUUCCGAGUAAUGUAACUAAUCUUGAGAUUACUGUAGAUACACAGCAAAUAAAAGUAGAUAUUACAGAUGAAAAACAUGCAAAUGAAUUAUCAACUGCUUCUGAAGUUCUUACAGUCAGUCCAGUACCAAUACAAGUGGCGGAGUCAGUUCUUCAAGUAGAACUCAAGGAGUCUAUGUCAGAUUCUGAAUCAAUGGGUCAUGAAAUUCUUUCUUCGACAAUAACUCCGGUUCAUGAAUCUAAUAUAUCUUGUUCUGAAACUUCAUCAGAUCCAGAAAAGAAUACCCAAAUAAAUAAUUCAGUAUCCGUAAUAGAGUCAACUCAGAAUGUAGAAAAAUCUGUAGAAAUUAUUGAUACUAUUGAUAAAUUGAGUGAUUCAUGUAAAAAAGCAACAGUAGUUUCUCAAAUUUUAACUGCUCCAGAACAAUCUGAAUUUACAGAAACGGUUACUUCACCAUUAUCAUCACCAUCAUCAAGUAUUACAACUGAUACAAAAACACCAAGAAAGUGUCCUAAUAAGAGUCUUGAUCAAGAAACAGAAUUAGUUCAACAAGUUGAAGAACCCGAUACACCUACAAGAAAAGAAACAGAAUUACCCGUACCUUCAUCUGAAUCUAAUGUAGCCGAACCAUCUUUAUCAAGAGAAAGUCCAGUUAGGCCAUCGAGAGCAAAAGAAUUGAGUCAACCGUCAAAAAAUGUUCAAGAUACGUCAACACAGGAAAAGGAGAAAGUAAUUAAAAAAACUGCAAAAAAAUCUUUGGAGAAGUCUGCGUCAGAGGGAGAGCCUACAGAAAUGACGGAGGGUGAUAGUAGCGGAAAAAAAGUUGUAAAGAAGGUAGUAAAAAAGGUUGCAAAAAAAGCUAAAGCAAAACCAGAGGAAGGUUUGGAUGAUGGAGCAGAAGAAACUAAUUCUGCUAGUAAACCAAAAAAGACUGUGAAAGUUGUUAAAAAAGGUACAAAAUCUGCCCAAACUCUUGAUACAGAUGCACCUGUCUCAGAAAACCCAUCAUCUAGUACUUCCGAUACACCAAUCCCACCUAAAAGAAAAACAAAAGCCACAGCCACAAAAUCAGUUGUUAAAAAAUCUGACAUAGAAUAGUAACUACAAUACAUAAACUGACAAUAACAAUGAAAAAAUACUCGGUUUCAAAAUUAAAAACCAUUAAAGGAAGAAAGUAAUGAAUGGUGAUACUUCCUAGUCUCUCCUAAUUUUUAUAUUUUUAAUAUGUCUCAAAUUGUAUCACCCAUAGAUUUUUUGAUGUUUGAAUGCUUACAAAUUUUCAAGCAGCAUUGUAUUCCAAUGUUAUGUUUUGCUUCAUAAUUUAUAUAUAUUUUAUAUAAUGUGCCCCAU